AUGUUUUAUAUUUUAAUGCUCAUCGGCGGUUUCAGUUUAUCGCUGAGACUGGUUGAUGGUCAAGAAAGAGCUGCUUUUCAAAAAUAUGGCUUCGGUUUCGCCUACGGAAACUUCCGACAAAUUUUGCAUCAUUAUCUAUCUGCAGUGAAAGUUCGAUCCGUCUUCACGGAAAAUGAAGAUGACUGUGCAUUCAAUUGUAUUAGUGAGCCACAGUGUUAUUCCUUUAAUAUUGCGACGAAUCCAGACUCCAGCGGUCUUUACCUAUGUGAAUUGUUGAUCACGGACGAAUACAGAAAUGCAAAGGAACUUAGAGCAAAUGCAACUUUUCACCAUUGGGGUCCU